AUGACUGCGGAACUGCAGCAGGACGAAGCAGCUGGCGCAGCCGACAGCCACAGCUCGAGCUGUCAAAUGCUGUUAAAUCAACUGAGAGAAAUCACAGGCGUUCAAGACCCUUCCUUUCUUCAUGAAGCUCUGAAGGCCAGUAAUGGUGACAUCACCCAGGCUGUCAGUCUUCUCACUGAUGAAAGAGUCAAGGAGCCCAGUCAAGACAGCGUUGCUUCUGAGCCAUCUGAUGUAGAGGGGAGUGCCUCCGACCAAGAAGUGUUAGCAAAAGUGAUAGACCUCACUCAUGAUAGCAAAGAUGAUCUUCAGGCUGCCAUUGCUUUGAGUCUCCUGGAAUCUCCCAAAAUUCCAGCUGAUGGAAGAGAUGUUAACAGGAUCCAAGAAGUAACUUCUGCAGACACUAAACGCUCAAAGAGAAAACGCUGUGAAGUCUGGGGAGAGAAUCCCAAUCCCAAUGACUGGAGGAGGGUUGAUGGUUGGCCAGUCGGGCUGAAAAAUGUUGGCAAUACAUGUUGGUUUAAUGCCGUUAUUCAGUCUCUCUUUCAAUUGCCUGAAUUUCGAAGACUUGUUCUCAGCUAUAGUCUGCCACAAAAUGUACUUGAAAAUUGCCGGAGUCACACUGAAAAGAGAAAUAUUGUGUUUAUGCAAGAGCUGCAAUAUCUGUUUGCUCUGAUGAUGGGAUCAAAUCGCAAAUUUGUAGACCCAUCAGCAGCCCUGGAUCUCUUAAAGGGAGCAUUCCGUUCAUCUGAGGAACAGCAGCAAGAUGUGAGUGAGUUCACACACAAGCUCCUGGACUGGCUAGAGGAUGCAUUCCAGCGAGCUGUAAAUACUAACAAUUCCAGCAACAAAUCUGAAAAUCCAAUGGUGCAGCUAUUCUACGGUACUUUCCUGACCGAAGGGGUUCGUGACGGAAAGCCCUUUUGUAACAGUGAGACCUUUGGCCAGUAUCCCCUUCAGGUAAACGGUUAUCGCAACUUAGACGAAUGUUUGGAAGGGGCCAUGGUGGAGGGUGACAUUGAACUACUUACUUCUGGUCAUUCAGUGAAGUAUGGACAAGAGUGCUGGUUUACCAAGCUACCUCCAGUGUUGACCUUUGAACUCUCAAGAUUUGAAUUCAAUCAGUCCCUUGGUCAACCAGAAAAAAUUCACAGUAAAUUGGAAUUUCCUCAAAUUAUUUAUAUAGACAGGUACAUGUAUAGGAGCAAAGAACUUAUUCGAAGUAAGAGAAAAUGUAUACGAAAGUUGAAGGAGGAAAUCAAAGUUCUUCAGGAAAGACUAGAAAGGUAUGUGAAGUACGGCUCGGGCCCAGCUCGGUUCCCACUUCCGGACAUGUUGAAAUAUGUUAUUGAAUUUGCUAGUACAAAACCUGCCUCAGAAACCUUUCCAUCUCAAAGUGACACACGGGUGACAUUACCACUUUCUUCAAUGCACUGUCCGGUUUCUGACCUGACAUCCAAGGACAGAGCAAGUGCCGAAAGCUCUUCCCUGGAUGUUGAAAGUACUUUUACUUCUCCUGAAGAUUCACUACAUAAUUCUGAGAUUUCUCCACUUAUGUCUUCCCGGUCUUCCAUUGAAAUGCCAGCCCACCCAGCUCCUCACAAAGUCACAGACGAGGAAAUAAACUUUGUUAAGACCUGUCUUCAGAGGUGGCGGAGUGAAAUUGAACAAGACAUACAAGACUUAAAGGAUUGUAUUGCAAGCACUACCCGGACUAUUGAGCAGAUGUAUUGUGACCCUCUCCUUCGUCAGGUGCCUUACCGCUUGCAUGCUGUUCUUGUUCAUGAGGGACAAGCAAAUGCCGGACACUACUGGGCCUAUAUCUAUAAUCAGCCUCGACAGAUCUGGCUCAAGUACAAUGACAUCUCUGUUACUGAAUCUUCUUGGGAAGAACUUGAAAGGGAUUCUUAUGGAGGCCUGAGAAAUGUUAGCGCUUAUUGUCUGAUGUAUAUUAAUGACAAGCUACCCCAAGCCAAUGCAGAGACAGCCCCAGAUGAAUCAGAUCAUAUGUUAGAAGAACUGGAAAGCCUGUCUGUUGAACUUAAGCAUUAUAUUCGGGAAGAUAACUGGAGGUUUGAGCAGGAGGUAGAGGAGUGGGAAGAAGAACAGUCUUGCAAAAUCCCUCAGAUGGAAUCCUCUACCACCUCAUCAUCGCAGGAUUUCCCUACAUCACCAGAGCCUCCAGUAACCUCUUCUCACGGGGUUCGCUGCUUGUCAUCUGAGCACGCUGUGAUUGCCAAAGAACAGACUGCCCAGGCUAUUGCCAACACAGCCCACGCCUUUGAGAAGAGUGGUGUCGAAGCGGCCCUGAGUGAGGUGAUGCUGAGCCCUGCCAUGCAAGGCGUCAUCCUGGCCAUAGCUAAAGCCCGUCAGACCUUUGACCGGGAUGGGUCUGAAGCAGGGCUUAUCAAGGCAUUCCAUGAAGAAUAUUCCAGGCUCUAUCAGCUUGCCAAGGAGACCCCUACCUCUCACAGUGACCCUCGACUUCAGCAUGUCCUUGUCUACUUUUUCCAAAAUGAAGCACCCAAAAGGGUGGUAGAACGGACCCUUUUGGAACAGUUUGCUGAUAAAAAUCUCAGCUAUGAUGAAAGAUCAAUCAGCAUUAUGAAAGUGGCUCAAGCUAAACUGAAAGAAAUCGGUCCAGAUGAUAUGAAUAUGGAAGAGUACAAGAAAUGGCAUGAAGAUUAUAGUUUGUUUCGAAAGGUGUCUGUGUAUCUCCUAACAGGCUUGGAACUCUAUCAAAAAGGAAAGUACCAAGAGGCCCUCUCAUACCUGGUGUAUGCUUACCAGAGCAAUGUGUCUCUACUCCUAAAGGGGCCCCAGCGGGGAGUCAAGGAGUCCGUGAUUGCUUUGUAUCGAAGAAAAUGCCUUCUGGAGCUAAAUGCCAAAGCAGCUUCUCUCUUUGAAACAAAUGAUGACCACUCUGUAACCGAGGGCAUAAAUGUGAUGAAUGAGUUAAUCAUUCCCUGCAUUCACCUUAUCAUCAAUAAUGACAUCUCUAAGGAUGACCUGGAUGCUAUCGAGGUCAUGAGAAACCAUUGGUGCUCUUACCUUGGGAAAGACAUUGCAGAAAAUCUUCAGCUCUGCUUAGGGGAGUUUCUACCAAGGCUUCUGGAUCCCUCUGCAGAAAUCCUUGUCUUGAAAGAGCCUCCUACUAUUCGGCCCAAUUCUCCCUAUGACCUUUGUAGUCGAUUUGCAGCUGUCAUGGAGUCAAUUCAAGGUGUUUCUGCAGUGACAGUGAACUGAGCCCCAGUGUGUUGAAGGCCAUCUGGUCUCUGCGUGCCUCCCCUUGCACACAAAUCCCUUGUUACAGUGUCCACCUUGGGAGAAUGAUUAGUUGGGUAGGUGAUAUUCGGGUUGAGACCCCAACCGUGCUAUAUUGUAUAUAGGAUUUAAAAUAAAAUUGCACUUUUUAGGUUCAGAGUUUGUGAAGACUCUUUUACUAGAAAAGGCCGGACCCAGUGUAUUGAGGUAUUGAGUUACGUCAGAAAACCUAAAAUGCCUUAGUACCUACAGGAAAGCCUGGGCUCUUCCUAGACUGCUGCCUCUUCUUAUGUUUUCUUCAGGUCUAAGUAUUUUUGACAGAAAAGAAAAAUGAUUCAUCAGAA